AUGGGUGCCGUGUCUUCAACGGAAACAGGCUCUUGGGCCUCUGUCGAUAAGUGGAAGAAAACCAUGGAGAAUGUUAAGACCGAAUACGAUAACUUGGAGAGAGACACGCGCCAGCAGAAAUCUGAUAUGGCAGCGCAAAGCGAAAGGCUUCAGGCCGCUGCUCGAGAAGCCUUCGAAAGGCGCGACAAAUUGAUCGAUGCCGCUUAUGAAGCUCUGGAAUGCUUUGUACGUGAGCUCUUGACGUAUUCCGAUGGCAAUACAGAUAUCGGGAGCAAAGCUGUGCCAACCCUCCCUGUGGUUGUGGAUUGCUUCAAGCAGCUGGCGGAAUUCUGCGAAGGCGUAGUCGACCAGCAGACCCUUGAAGCAGUCGAAUCAACACAGGAGAUCGGCGAAGAUGGGCAGAUCGCGGAACGGAUCAAGAACGGUGGAGAGAAGUUGAAAGUUACAUUGAAUGGGUUGGAUGCUGCAGUGUCGAAGGCUUGGGAAAAUUUCGAAGUGCAUCAUGGCCACCAUGAGAAUGCACGAGCGGCUCUUAGGCAAGCCGAGGAACGCAGAUCUGUAAGGACCUCUACUGUGUUGCUAGUAAACGGGUCUCAUGCUGACACUCUGGAGGGAUUUUUUUAUGAUGUUUUCGGCGACAGCGACAUCGACAACGCGGUCAACAAUUGUAGAAACAAUGAAGACACUUGGCACAAGAGUGCAGACGAUGCCUGGGCCAUGUGGGACCAUCUUCGCAAACUGAAGGAUGAGCACCGCUCACUGCUCGACAACAACCUUGGCCAGCUGUGUUCGGAAUUGACAAUCUUAGUUGACGGUAUGCGCGCGAACUACGCCAAUAUCGGCGCCAGUCGAAAGGUUGACAGAGAGUGUUGGCUUGCGGCUCGGUUGCUGCAGUAUCACGUUACGACCAACAACGAGUAUACCAGUCGAGACGAUGCGUUGAGACAUGUGUUCAAAUUAGUACACACUGUCAACGACUCAAUUGACAGUGACGAUGAUGUUAUUCGUCUGAAGGGAGUUAUCGAGAAUAAUGUUCGUCAAACACUCGGAGAUACAAAAGCGGAAGAACUUCAUAGGGAGAAGGUGUUCCUUUCAAAUCCAGACGAGGUAGACUUUUGA